UUCACAUGGGUCAUAAAUGGCCACCAUAUAGCCUCAUGGUCCUCUGGUUCAGCAUCCCCUCAGAGCAUUUUCAAGUGGAGUAGGUUUUUCAGCAAUAGCAAUAUACAAACACUUUUUAAACCACCUGUACAAUGCAACCGAUGCAGCAUCCUUCCAGCUCUGCAUGAUGGUCAAGUGGGCAGCCACCCAAAGGUAUGUGAUGAGAGGCUUCAGCAGGAGGUCAGCACUGGCCCUAAAGAAUACUGAAAGUAAGCUCAACUUUGGAUCAGGUUGUCUUUGGAAACGGGACAGAGUAGGCCAGAUCUCUCUCACACAAACUCUGAAAGCAUUAAAAUCCCAUGAAGAUGAUCUUCAGGACUCAGCUGCAGGAUUUGCCUACUGUGGUGCUCUUCAUCCUCUGUUCUACUCUUCUUUUCCUGCUGGUUGCUAGGACUGAAAGGGAGUUACCUGAGAUGAUUUCCUUGCCCAUUAAGCUCCAGGGCAGCCCAGAUUAUGCAAGGGAUCUUGAGAGUGUCACAGGCUUUGAAUGGGAAACUGAACUUGACAGGACAAAGGAGGCAAAGCCGUUUGGUCUGCAGUCCCUAGAGCCUCCAGCGGCUACACGGCAUCCCUUGGAGAUUAUCUAUCCCAAUGAUUAUAGAUUCCGCCUCAAUGAGCCAAAUAAAUGUAUGGAGAGGAAGCCUUUCUUGGUCUUGUUGGUGAUUACUGAGCCCCAACAUGUUUCCAGAAGGAAAGCCAUCCGGCAGACCUGGGGCCAUGAGAGGUCAGUGCCUGGGGUCUCCAUCCUAUGCCUCUUUCUGACCGGUGUCCACCCACGGUUUGGGUCCCCACUCCAGCACCUUUUGGAAGAGGAGAGUUCCAUCUAUAGAGACAUUAUUCAGCAGGAUUUCUUGGAUACUUACAACAACCUUACCUUGAAGACUCUGAUGGGCAUGGAGUGGAUAAGCAAAUUCUGUCCCAAUGCCACCUACGUGAUGAAGGUAGAUAGUGACAUCUUUCUCAAUGUGGACUACAUGGUAUCAAAGCUACUGCAGCCCCACCUACCCCCCAAGAAGGACUACAUGACAGGGUACAUCUACAGGAACACAAAGCCACUGCGUAACAAGGCCUACAAGUGGUAUGUGCCACAGGAGGUGUAUCCCAAUGACACCUACCCAGCCUACUGUGGAGGCCCUGGGUAUGUGCUCUCUGGGGAUCUGGCCAAGAAGAUCUACCAGGUGGCAAAAAACAUCAAGGUCAUCAACAUGGAAGAUUCCUUCAUGGGAAUCUGUCUGCAUGAACUCGGAAUUAGUGUGACAGACAGCCCCUGGGGUCUCUUCAACAUGUACAAAAUCAGCUAUGAGAAGUGCCAGUUCUCUAAGCUAGUGGUUGUGCAUCAUUAUGGGCCGGAUGAGUUGCUGCAGAUUUGGCCUGACUUUCAGGAUCAGAACAAAACUUGUGACAAUUAAAACUGAGGGAGAUGAGCUGAUAUGUAGUGUCUUGCAGAGAAGCUGGUAUUGAUGACUGACAACAUGCAGGCAUUGGGCAUGUAUGCUGGAAAACAGGAAGGUUCUGUGGUUAUCACAAUGUUGCAUGAUUUCUCAGGUGAUCCUCCCAUAUUUUUGCCCUCAAAAGUAAGUUUCUUCCACAUUAUCUGCACAUUAUACACUAGUUUGCUACCAUUCACACUGCUAUCCUUCCCAUAAAAUCUCUGCAACUGCCCUUAGCAACUUGUUUGGCAUGCUCUGACCUGGUUUGUAAUCCUUGUAGAUCUCAGUACAAAUGUGCCAAACUAACAACAUCAGCAUUUUGAGACCACCACCGCCUCUUCUCCUACCAGAACAUAGCAAACCUCUUGCCAUGCAGGUGUGGCACUGGGGCAGUGCAAAGAGUUCAUCCAUUCCAAUAUAUGCAAAUACAGCCUGAAAAAUGGAAACUGCCUUCAAGUUGAUCCUGACUUAUGGCGACCUUAUGACUAGGGUUUUCAUGGUAAUUGGUAUUCAGAGGGGGUUUACCAUUGCCUCUGUCUGAGGCUGAGAGGCAGUGACGGGCCCAAGGUCACCCAGUGAGCUUCAUGACUAUGUCAGGAUUGGAACCCUGGUCUCCCAGGUCGUAGUCUAACACCUUAACCACUACACCACACUGGCUCUCAUACAGCCUGGUCAUCUUUAAAGUUAUUUUAAAAAGAUUACUAAAAGGAUGAAGAUGCAAGAUGCAGUCCCAAUGGCAAGCCUUUGCUUCUUUGGGUUAUUACCAGCCAUUGCAAAGGGCUUUGUUACCAUCUUCUUUUCUUUUUGAAGGAUGAGAGAAGGCUGAAAUGGAGGAACCAUGAAAAAGCUUUCAAAAAAAAGUCACCACAGUAUCACAAUCCAAGUCCCAAAUGUUGACACGCUCCACUUCUAUGAAAAUCUGGUCCAUUGGAACUUACCCAUUUCUGUCUUUUCACAAUGACCAAAUCCAGGAUAUUUUAAGCAUUACAAUCUCUUUAACAGUCCAAAGGGGGAUUCAUGGAAGCUAUGCAAGCAAAAAGCAACUGUGAUACUCAAGUGCACAGACCAGG